AUGAAGGGCACCAAGUUCUUCUACAACAACGGCACCCAGUUCUACGUCAAGGGUAUCGCCUACCAGUCCGAGAUGGGUGCCGCCUCUCGGGCUGUGGUGAAGCGCUACGGCUUCGAGCCCGACCCAACCGCCAACAUCAUCGACCCUCUUGCCGACGCGGCCCAGUGCCAGAAGGAUGUGCCCCUGCUCGCCCGUCUCGGCACCAACGUCAUCCGCACAUAUGCCAUUGACCCUACCAAGGACCACACCGCCUGCAUGAAGCUCCUUGAGCAGGCCGGCAUCUAUGUUCUUGCUGAUCUCGGCCACCCGGCUGUGUCCAUCAACCGUGACUCUCCUGCCUGGAACGUCCAGCUCUACAAGCGCUACACAAACGUCAUCGACGAGCUUGGCAAGUUCGACAACGUUCUCGGCUUCUUGUCCGGCAACGAGGUCACCAACAACAACACCAACACUGAUGCCUCGGCGUUCGUCAAGGCUGCCACUCGUGACGCCAAGGCCUACAUCAAGGCCAAGAUGGACAAGGGCCACCGCUGGAUGGGCGUCGGCUACGCCUCGAACGACGAUGCCGAGAUCCGUGCCGAGAUGGCGCAGUACUUCAACUGCGGCAAGCAGGAGAACGCCAUCGACUUCUGGGGUUACAACAUCUACUCGUGGUGCGGCAAGAGCAGCUUCCAGCAGUCCGGCUACGACGUCCAGGUCCAGUUCUUCAGCAACUACUCUGUCCCCGUCUUCUUCGCCGAGUAUGGUUGCAACACUGUCGGUGGCGCCGAGGGCCGUCUCUUCGAGGACACCCUUGCCAUCUAUUCCAAGCAGAUGACCGACGUCUUCAGCGGCGGUAUUGUCUUCAAGUUCCAGCAGGAGAAGAACGACUACGGUCUCGUCAAGGCUGGCCAGCCCAUGAAGAACUUCAAGGUCCUCGAAUCCCAGAUGAAGAAGAUUGACCCCACCGUUGUCCAGAUGGACUCCUACACGCCCACCAACACUCCUCAGGCCUGCCCCAACGUCGGUACCAACUGGAAGGUCACUGGCAGCGCUCUCCCCCCUACUCCCAACGCCGACUUGUGCACCUGUGCCUACAACGCCGCCAAGUGCCGCCAGGCUGACAAGCUCGACGUCGAGGACUAUGGCGCCAUCUUUGACUACAUCUGCAAGAACGAUGCCGCAGCCUGCGCUGGUAUCAAGGCCGACACUGAGACUGGUGUCUAUGGCCCUUACGUCAUGUGCAACCCCAAGGAGCAACUCGCUGUUGUCCUUGAUGCCUACUACGCCAACCAGAAAGGCCGCGCCGAUGCCUGCGACUUCAAGGGUGCUGCUCAGCUUGUCAGCAACCCCAACGCUGCCCCUUCGUGCACUGCCCAGCUCGAGAGUGCCAGUGCCGCCGCUGCUGUUGCCGCGACUGGCACUGCUCCCUCUUCCAACGGUGGCAGCACUGGCAACGCCGCUCCUCGCACCGUGCCGACGGGCGGCUUCAUGUCCGGAAGCACCCUCGCCAUGGGUGCCUGGGUCCUGGGCUCCAUUGCCGUUGGUGCUGGCAUGGUUGCCCUAUAA